GGUCGCCAUCAAGGAGCCGUCCUCGUCGUGUACGUCGUGCUGCCGUCGCGUGUACCGAGAUGCCUCGCAACUCAGGCAUCGGCCGAACGGGCAAGAAGCAUAAGAAAUCAGCCAACGACAACAUCCACAGGCAGCCCAAGGCGACCACCGAGCCCACGGUCGCCACCGAGGCGCCGGAGCCGCCCGCCGCGCCCGACACCUCGCCGGAAAUGGAGGUCGAGCCGGCAGCGCCCGACCACGCGCAGGCGCUCGCGACAGGUGCGGCUGCUCGGCGACGUCGAGCGUGGUGCCCGACGGCUCAGGAGCCUUCUACCAUAAACCACUACCACGGCUGCCACCGUCGGCGCCUUCGCUCGAGCUCUCCGAGGCCGCGUUCUGACCUCGUGCCGUGGCUGUUGUCGCUCCAGCAGCGACGAGGGCCGCGGCAAGGGGUGCAGCGGCGACGGGCGGGGGGGAGAGGCGCGGCCAGCUACCGGGUCGUUGCCCCCGCCCACCGCGCCGGGCCCCUGCACCCGGAGGCGGCUUGCGGCAGCCUUCCCGUGUCUCCGUGCGACCCGCUUGGGUAGCCGGCCAUGUGUGGCCCGCUGCCGGAAAAAAUCCGGGGUUUAGCUGGCGUAUCUCGGGCCCACUUUAGAGCUAGGGCAUGAUCUUAGGUGUUCUGGAUAGCCCACAAGGAUCUUCUUUGGCAUGGUAGCGGUGGUUUUGCGCGAGGCGUUCAUUCAAAAAUC